UUACUAGGAGUGAGAAUUUCAUGUUGGAAACUUUCAGCAGUUGUGUGGAUUUAUGUUUGCAGUACUUUCUAAGUUAGUGGAAUGUGAAUGUGAGAUGAAAACUCAAGGCAUCACUUUACAAAGAUGUGACUUUAGUCCUCAUUCCAAAGUGAGAAAUGCCAAAAAAUGGGAAAAAUUUCUGGAGGAGGGACUAGCCAGUACAUAUAGUUAGCUGUGUCAAAGGGUGAAGGACAUGUUCUCACGCAGUGACACAAGAAAAGGAAAAAGUCUGAAGAGGAUGCACGGUGUUUGCAUUAGUCCACAUACCCUGCUAAUAGUUUUAUGUUUUGAUUGUGGAGGAACACCUUCAAACUCUUUUCAGAGGACUUAGUGCACUGCUUUCACUAGUGCUCAGGCUCUUUGGUCUCACACUCUUUUUGACAAGCGCUGAUCAUCUUCUUCUGGCUCAUCUUCAGCAGUUGCCUGUUGACGUUUUACAUGCCCAGUAGAAGCUGAGACCUACAGGAUGCAAAGAAGCUUUCCUGGAGCACUGUUCCUACCUGGGUUCCUCUUUGUGCAUGAAGUUAAGGGCCCUCAAGGGCCAGUUUUUAUCGUAGCACGAUGGUGGAGCCAGCAUCGUGAAAACAGGAAAGUCAUGUUUACUUCCAUUGUUCAUUACCCUGCCGCUGGACACAGACCUGCCCCCCGUCCCGCACACAACUCUGGCAGUGGAGUUUCAUGAGAGAGUAACUUUACUUGAAGGUGUGUCCUUGCUCAUGGGGACACGUUAGGUGGAGUUCGCAGGAGCUUAUAUUUAGAAUAAGAAAUGCUUUCUACGGGAAUUUGGAUACAUUGGAGAUUAAAAAUAGCAGCAGUUCCUGUAACCCGUGGAAAUAGCACAGGAAGUGUUACUUAAUUUCUUUGGAAUGGAGGCGAAAUGUGUUUUUUUUUUUUUUCUUCUUUUUUCUUUUAGCUUUUGUGAAGUAUUAGACACAGUGCGGAUGCACAGAGAUCAGUCCAGUAUAAGAUUCCCAGAUUUGGCAGACCUGGGGCACCAAAAUUCUCGCAGUUCUCUGUAACCCUAUUCAGAGAGCGACUUUGGAAAGUUGUUGGAGUAUGAAAUGAUGGACAUCCUGAAUGCUUUGACGUGAUAGUUGAGCUGCAAAAGCUCCAAGAUGCAUUUUUGCAUGGAGGCGCUACUGAGCAUGAGUGACUUCUGAGACGAACCGCUCCGAGACCCCCCCCCCCUCCCCGUCCAGGAGCUCUUUUUCAUUCUCACCUCCCCGUGAUUUCUCAUCAACUGGCCCUCCUGCCAUGUCGACCGAAGUGGAGACUAACGUAAACAGCCAGGCGAGCGUGGCUCCCGUGAAGACCCCCUCGAAGAAGGAGAAGAAGAAAGGCCCCGAGAAGACGGACGAAUUCCUGCUGGCCAGGUUUAAAGGGGACGGCGUGCGGUACAAAGCCAAGCUGAUUGGGGUGGAUGAUGUGCCCGAAGCCAGAGGUGACAAGAUGAGUCAGGACUCCAUGAUGAAACUGAAGGGCAUGUCAGUUGCCUCUAGGUCUCAAGGGAAGCACAAGCAGAAAGUGUGGAUCAACAUAUCCCUGUCUGGAAUCAAAGUCAUUGACGAGAAGACCGGGGUAAUAGAACACGAGCAUCCUGUAAAUAAGAUCUCCUUCAUCGCCCGGGAUGUGACGGAUAGCCGAGCCUUUGGUUACGUUUGCGGAGCUGAGGGACAGCAUCAGUUCUUCGCCAUUAAGACCGCGCAGCAGGCUGAGCCGUUGGUUGUUGACCUGAAGGAUCUCUUCCAGUUAAUUUUCAAUAUGAAGAAAAAGGAAGCAGAGGACACAAACAAGGACAAAAUAAGUAGAACAGUAGAGAAUGGGGGAAACACUUCGCUUACCAGUGAAAGCCAGGGAGACAAGUUUAAACGUGAUGGACAGCUGGACCUUUUUGGAGACAUGUCAACACCACCAGACUUGCAUUCGCCUUCGGAGAGUAAAGACAUCCUAUUGCUGGAUCUUUCCACUGACAUUGACAGCAGUCAGAACUGUGUAAAAGGAAAUCCCUUCACCGCUUCCUGUUCUUCUGUCCCCUGGCCCAGGCCCCAGACCAGCGUCUCUCCUGAAAAGCCUUUCUCUUCGCAGCUCAACUUCUUUCCCGCUCCUGCCGCAGACCCCUUCAGCGAUGACCCCUUCUCGAAAAGCAACGACCAGCCCACACGGGCGGACCCCGUGAUUUCCCCCCCGUUGGAUAGUGCCACCCAAGGAAAGCCCUCCCAUAUCUUUAGCUCACCAAAGGUAAAUGGCGGUCAAAACGGCGACUCUGAUUACUUGGCCCGGCAGUUUGAUCAGCUUUCCAACAGGACUGUUAUACAGUCACUCAGCAAUGGCCAGUGGCCACUGGAGGGUAAGGUGGCAGAUGCAACUGACUGGACUCAGAAUGGACUCCCUGUGAGGGAGCAGAAUGGUCUGCAUUACAGAUCCCCCCAGAACCCGUUUUUUGACACCUGUGCCAAAAAUGCACCCUUGCACAAUCCUACAAUGCCUGAGUCUGUAGGCAAAGUGGAGCCCCCGUGCCCCCCAGCCAAGGACUCAGUGAUCAUUAGCCCUCCUCCGCUCAACACGAAGGCUGGACGAGGAAGGAGAGGCAUUAAGUCCCCUACAGGCAACCAGUUUGGACCAGACUUGUUCACUUCAUCCAGCCAAAAAGAAUCUGCUCCACCUCAGCCGGACCCUGCUCAGACCAGCCCCAUCGGUGUCUUCAGUACUGUUCCAGCUAACACCACGAGCCCUGUGACAGCAAUGGGAGCUUUGUCACUGGGCACCCCGACCACAGCCCCUUCUUUGGCCACAGCUCCAUGGAGACCGCCAGCACCCCCCAUUUUUCCUGCCCCGAAUGGUGUCUCCGUAACCGCAGCAUCAAAUGCGCAGCCCAUGUCUUCCUCUCAGCCUUUGGCAUUCAGCGCAUCGCCCGCGCCAUCCUGGGGACAAGCGCCGACAGCGUUCGGAGUACCGACCUGGAGCCAGGCAGCUCCGCCUACAGCAGCUGCACCGUGGCCUCAGCCCUCUGCUUUGGCUAACCCUUUCCAGACCAACGUGUUCCCUGUCGCCUCUGGCCCAUCCAGUCCCCCUCCACAGCCCCCGCCCCGGCCAGCUCCGCUAAAGGAGGCCCCAAGGGUGGAGACCACAGCUUUCCUGUCCCUGGACCCGCUGAGCGAGCAGAAGCAAAAGAGCACAAAGGACAUGUUCAAGGACUUCCAGCUCGCCAAACCUCCAGUGGUUCCUGCAAGAAGGGAAACCCCAAAUCCUGCCACCCUGUUCACCCCUGCCUCCGGUGCCCCCAAUGCUCCCACGGCCCCCGUCCUUGCAGCCCUAGCCCCUGAAGCAACACACUUUGGAAGCCCCUUCAGCUCUGACCAAUUUGGAGCGGUACCCCCGGCCAAGGUCGCACCACCCGUCCAGCCUGCUGUGCCAGGCACCUUCGCAGACCCCUUCGGCAACCUGUUUGCAUGAGCACGAUGCCUCCUGUCCACUCCUUCAGCAGCUCUGAAGACUGCCAAGUAAAGUUUACCCACAAGCCAUGCCCUGAUGUAAACAAUCUUUCAUCCAUCUUCCCAGCCUGCUCCAGAUGUUCCAGCUGCUGACAUUUUGACAUCAGUGCAAACAUCGCUUAAGCAGUCGUUCACAUCAGAAACGGAACUACUGCAGUUCACGAUGUGGUUUUUGAAAAAAUGAAGUUCUCCUUGCUGCACGUUGUAGGCCUCAGAGUAAAAGUCCACACUGUGUGCGGUGCAAACACCAAACAGGUUAGGAGGGCACUGUCUUAUAUUGAAGGGAAGGUUCAAAGACAUCGCUUGAUGUUCCUUGUGUGUGUGGAUUAACUGCUGGUGACUGUAUCUCCUUCCAUGUAUGUUUGUCUGUCUGCUCUUGCUUCUUGUGCGGCAGUAGCAUGUGCCGUGAAAGGGUCAUAAAAUACCUCACGGUGUUUUUCCGUUCAGCAGUGACUGGCUGCUUCCACCGAGAUGUCAAUUUGCAGAGUAUCACGCAGGGCCAAAUCAGUCCUGUUGGAACCAUAAAGGGAGCCAUCUGCUUGAAGAACAGGUUGACAUGCUGCUUCUUAGGUUCAAAAUGAAUUCCGUACAAAAGUGCUUUCAUACCACCCUGUGUGCCACGUCCAGCAAAAGAUCUAAACCAAGAAGAAGUGCUCAGAAGACUAAAAUGCAUUACUGAGAAGAUAAGUACGUGUACUGAGAACUAGUUGCUGUGUACUGGCUACGUUGGGUGCUCCAUGUGUGAGAGAAUGUGCUGUUUUCAGCACAACAUCACAGUAUAAUGCAAUAUAUAUGGUACAAUGAUGGUAAUUUUGGAUAGCUGGGUUGUUUCUGGGACAAAGAACAACAUAAAAGCAGGUGCUACAGUUUUUAACUGGAUUUCUGGAUUUGAGCAAAGAUGCAUUGUAGAGCGAUUAGCUGAUAUUACCGUCCAAAGUGGUCUUAGUCGCAUCUUCUGUAGUUGUAGUAUAAUUUCUGUCCUUUGCACUCAUCAUGCCAAAUGAACAGGUAUUUUAGAUGCUGUAAUAUUGUAUGCCAGAAUAUUGUAAUGUAGAGUAGCAUUCAGCCGUCACCUACCCACUUCACUGCACACCAGGAAUUUCUUCCAUAUCAGUAAUAUUAACAAAAAAAAAGUUUUAGCAGCCCUUUGAGAGGUUGCAGACAGAAUAUGAGUUUAUGAUAUUUUUUUUCUUGAAAAAAGCAUCCGGUCUUGAUAAAAAAAAGGAUUUCUGGGCUGCAUCAUUUGAAACAAGUUAACAUAAUGGUGAAGUAAAGCAUGGAGUUUUUUAAACAUGUUAAAGAAUUACCGCAUCUCUGAUUAAUGUCCAGAGGUUCCAUAUUAUAUUCCAAGGAAAAUUUAGAAAAGAACAUGACUUGUACUGGAAAUUUUCAUGGGCUUGUUUAUGACAAAGUCCUUUUGUACGUGUGUGAGUAUGUACAGUAUGUGUUCUGUGCACUACCUUUCAUCUUAGAUGUUCCGCAACAAAAUUGAGUUCAUGUAGUUAUUGCAAGAAACUGGAAUUUUACCUUGGUAAAUAUAUUCCUUUGCAACAUGAUUUGUAUUCAUGAAGUGUAUGACAUUCAGUUCUG